CUACAUCCAAGCCCAGUGUGCCAUCAUCAUGUUUGAUGUGACAUCCAGAGUGACCUACAAGAACGUGCCCAACUGGCACAGAGACCUGGUGCGCGUGUGUGAAAACAUCCCCAUCGUGCUGUGUGGCAACAAAGUGGACAUUAAGGACAGGAAAGUUAAGGCAAAGUCCAUUGUCUUCCACCGAAAGAAGAACCUUCAGUACUAUGAUAUUUCGGCCAAAAGUAACUACAACUUUGAAAAGCCCUUCCUCUGGCUUGCUAGAAAGCUCAUUGGAGACCCCAACUUGGAGUUCGUCGCCAUGCCCGCUCUUGCCCCACCAGAGGUGGUCAUGGACCCGGCCUUGGCGGCGCAGUAUGAGCACGACUUAGAGGUUGCUCAGACGACUGCUCUCCCCGACGAGGACGAUGACCUGUGAGUGCGUGAAGCUGGAGCCCGGCGUCAGAAGUCUAGUUUUAUAGGCAACUGUCCUGUGAUGUCAGCGGUGCAGCGUGUGUGCCACUCUUAUUACUAGCUAAGCAGAACAUGUGCUUCAUCUGUGGGUGCUGAAGGAGAUGAAUGGGCUUCGGAGUGAAUGUGGCAGUUAAAAAUACCUUCAUUUUUUGGACCUCUGCAUAUUUAGCUGUUUUGGAACGCAGUUGUUUUCUCUCAAGUUUCAAAUACAAGACUGCUAACAGUCACAUCACAAUAUUCAGUGGUGGAAUCUUGUUUGUUACUGUCAUUCCCAUUCCUUUUCGUUUAGAAUCAGAAUAAAGUUGUAUUUCAAAUAUCUAAGCAAACGAACUCAUCCCUUGUUUAUAAGCCUUUUAAAAUCACUGGAAUUGGAAAACGAUAUGAUGUUAGUUAUAUUUAAAUCAGGCUAGCUGUUAACUACCGGUUAAUUGGAAAUUAUAAUUUCUCCUUAUGUCUACUUUGUAUGUUGAAUCAUGUCACCAGCUAGGCAUGACAGGCGAUGGGUUGAGGUAGAAGUGUUAGUCCAGUCCAUCUUGGCCAGGUGGUGUCCCUGGGGAAGACCUGUCCGAACAAGUGAUGGUGAUUUGCACAUACAAGUAGCUAUUUUGAGGGUUAUGGUUGCUUUUACGAUAAAGGAAACCAUGUUUUAAUGUACACCUUCAAAUUUGGACGGUGCGGUUCAUAAUGGCAGCUUGAGGGGUUCUCUAUUAAAAAAUGAAAAUAAA